GAGCCCCUCAGAGCGGCGGGGACGGUGCGGGGAGCGGGGCAGCGAGGCUUGGCGGGCGGCGCCGCCCGAAGCAGGUCAUAAUGGUUUCCAUCCCUGAAUACUAUGAAGGAAAGAAUGUACUCCUGACAGGAGUUACAGGCUUCAUGGGAAAAGUGCUUUUGGAAAAGCUGCUCAGAUCUUGUCCCAAAGUGAAUGCAGUCUAUGCAUUGGUAAGACACAAAGCAGGUCUGACACCUGAAGCACGAAUAGAAGAAAUUACCAACUGUAAGCUUUUUGACAGGUUGAGAGAUGAGCAGCCAGACUUCAGAGCAAAAAUAAUAGUAAUUACGAGUGACCUUACACAGCCUGAACUGGACCUUAGUGAACCUAUCAAGGAAAAACUUAGAGAAUGCAUUAAUAUUAUAUUUCAUUGUGCUGCCACAGUCAGAUUCAAUGAGACACUAAGAGAUGCUGUUAAAUUAAAUGUGACUGCUACACAAGAGCUCCUCUUCCUGGCACAGCAAAUGAAGAAUCUGGAAGUGUUCAUGCACGUUUCAACUGCCUAUGCAUAUUGCAAUCGAAAACAGAUUGAGGAAGUAGUUUAUCCACCUCCUGUUGAUCCCAAGAAACUUAUAGAUUGUCUUGAGUGGAUGGAUGAUGGCCUAGUGAAUGAUAUUACUCCUAAACUGAUAGGUGACAGACCUAAUACUUACACAUUUACGAAAGCCUUAGCCGAAUAUGUCGUGCAACAAGAAGGUGCAAAGUUAAACACAGCCAUUAUAAGGCCAUCUAUUGUUGGUGCUAGCUGGAAGGAGCCUUUUCCUGGAUGGAUUGAUAACUUCAAUGGACCUAGUGGUCUCUUCAUUGCUGCAGGAAAAGGAAUUCUUCGAACAAUGAGAGCUUCCAAUGAUGCAUUAGCAGAUCUUGUUCCAGUAGAUGUUGUUGUCAAUGCAACACUGGCUGCAGCCUGGUAUUCUGGAGUUAAUAGGUAUAACAGACCAAGAAAUGUCAUGGUAUAUAACUGUACAACAGGUGGCACCAAUCCUUUCCACUGGGGUGAAGUUGAAUACCAUGUAAUUUCUACUUUCAAGAGGAAUCCUCUCGAACAGGCCUUCAGACGGCCCAAUGUAAAUCUAACUUCCAAUCACCUUUUAUAUCAUUAUUGGAUUGCUGUAAGCCAUAAGGCACCAGCAUUCCUGUAUGAUAUCUACCUCAGGAUUACUGGAAGAAGCCCAAGGAUGAUGAAAACAAUAACACGUCUUCAUAGGGCCAUGAUGUUAUUAGAAUACUUUACAAGCAAAACUUGGAUCUGGAAUACUGAAAAUGUGACUAUGCUGAUGAACCAGUUGAACCCCCAAGACAAAAAGACAUUUAAUUUUGAUGUUCGACAACUACAUUGGGCAGAAUAUAUGGAAAAUUACUGCAUGGGAACAAAGAAAUAUGUUCUGAAUGAAGAAAUGUCUGGCCUCCCUGCAGCUAGGAAACACUUGAAUAAGUUGAGGAACAUACGCUAUGGCUUCAAUACAGUUCUUGUGAUCCUGAUCUGGCGUAUCUUUAUUGCGAGAUCACAAAUGGCAAGAAAUAUCUGGUACUUUGUGGUUAGUCUGUGUUACAAGUUCCUCUCCUAUUUCAGAGCCUCCAGUACUAUGAGAUAUUGAAGAAGAGAAUUUAGCAUUAGGACAUCUAUGCAUAUGGUGGUCUAACUGCACAAAGCCUGUAACAUGUAGUCAUCUCACAUUUUGUAAAAGCAUAAUUUCAUCAUAAAUUGGAGUGCUAAAUUUGCAAUAUGGUAUAUGUGAUGUUGGUUGUGUAUAUUCCUGAAAACGGAGAGAAUUAAAUAGUCAAGUGCCAGGUUGAAUUGGCAUUAGAAAAGCAUUUAAAUAACUAGCUCUUUCACCUGGGGAAAAUGUUUUAGACCACUGACCAACAUAACUGUGCAAUUUGGACAGUGUUUGAUUGAAAUCUGCCUUAACAUGUUUUUUCUUAAGUUUUAGUCCACAUUGAGCAAGAUAAAUAUUGAUUUAGUAGUUGCUAGUUACCGUAGACCUAUUUAUUUGAUAUUCUAAAUUACAAAGGGUUUUACAAGUUGCAAAAGUGUAUAAAUGAUGGUGGGUCUCCUGAAAAAAAAUACUUGAGGACUUGUGUAAUUUGUCUUUACUUUUUGCCACUUCUUCCCUCCUCAAAGUAGGGAUGCAACAAUGGUGCCUACUUUGCUUUAAAAGAAAAAAAAGAAAAAAACCCAAAAAAGCCCCACAACCUUCCUUCCUGAAUUACUGGAAGGCCUUUUGUCCAAUCUGGUCUUCAGAAUGCACUUAGUGAUUCAGUUCUGUGCUAAAAACUGGCUGCAUCCAACUUGUAAUAUGUAGGCAUGAACAAUUUGCUUCUCUGAAAGCAUAAUUGAUCCUAUCCUUGAGUAGAUAAAAAGAAAUGUAACCCUGAGGGGGGCAGAAAUGAAGUCACUGACCAUCCUCUUGUUUUACUGAUUUUUUAUUACGAACACAGAGCCAGCACUUGAUUAUUACACUUCUGACUUUAAAAGGUAACUGUAUAUGAUAGGAAUUCAUUUGAAUAUGAAAGUUGCUACUUGUAUUACUGAUAAUAGCAGUUGGACAAACUAUAGGCUUUCAUAGAGAUACACCUGGUUUUAAAUUCUAAGCCAUGCUAGUGAUUACUUCAUUAAUUAAUAAUUUUUAAAUUUUUGCGCUAUGGAAUUUAAUGCAUGGACAACACCAAUGUGUAAGCACACUUUCUUUUUCCUGCACCAAUAAAACCUCUCAUUUUACUGGGCAAGCAGAGCAGGAUGUACUUUGCUUCAGAUCAAAAGUAUUUUAACAAUUCUUUCAUAUAACUUAAAUUAUUAGGUAUAAAUCUGAAGAAGCCCGUUUUUGCUACCUGUUAGUUUGAGUAGGGAAAACGUUUAGGAAAAAAAGUUGUAAGAAAAGAUUGAAUCCUUGUUUAAGGCAAUACAUGAAGAUAAUUUUACAUUUUGGUUGCACAGAAUUCUGAGAACACUGUAAUGUUCCUCUAAUUGAUGCACUGACCAGCACCCUUGCCCAGUGUUUGUUCAUUGAAAUCAGUUCCUACUGAUGAAGCUAUUCUUGAAUCUGCUUAGGAAGGCAAAUAAUGACCUAAUUACACAAUUACUACAUAUACUUGCCCUUGGUAGUUUUUUGUCCUGUUUGAAUUAAGUAUGUAAAGAACUUAUUUUGCUACUUUUGUGAAAACUCUUACUUUAAAGAGAACACCUUUCAUGCAGGUGUAUAUCAUUUUGAAAAGAUAAUGGCUUCCUUGCUGAAGCUAAAUAUUCUGUAAUAUUAGUUAAGCUGUAAUUCCUUUUUUAAAUUACUUGUGUAUAUAUAAACCUAGCAAGGAAAAGGCUGCAUGGUCUAGGACCACACCUAGUGUGAGAGACCUCUAACUGUGGCUGAAAAUAAAUUAUGGCUUCUGUGAUUGAAGAUAACAAAUACAUUAGAUUUUAGUUGCCUCCCCAAAUAUCUUAUUAGACC